GUUACAAAGUGUAUCCAGAUUUCUCCAAGUAUCACGGCAUUUCUUAGUUUGAAGUAUUUCAAGUCACAUCAAGGAUGGCGAAGAAAAGUUAUUCCUUUGUGAGCACUAUCUUAGUAAUUGCAUUCGCUAUUCUUUACUCAGGAGACGCAUUGAAAUGUUACCAGUGCAAUUCGCUAGAAAAUGAGAAUUGUGCAAAUGGACCACUAUCAGAUUCAUUGAUUGUAGAGUGUAAAUUACCUUCAUCAACUGUUCCACCAACUACUACAUCGACAACCACUAUGUCGACAACUACUACAUCGACAACUAUUACGUCGACAACUACUACGUCGACAACCACUCCGGCGUCGAACACUACGUCGACAACUACUACGUCGACAACCACUCCGGCGUCGAACACUACGUCGACAACUACUACGUCGACAACCACUCCGGCGUCGAACACUACGUCGACAACCACUCCGGCGUCGACCACUACAUCGACAACCACUCCGGCGUCGAACACUACGUCGACGUCAACUAUUACGUCGACUAUUACAUCAUCAAUCUCAACACCAACCAAUCCGACGACGACAACCUUAUUACCAACUAUUACAUCAACCACUUCAUCAAUAUGGACUGAUUCGACGAUAUCGACUGAUUCGACAUCAACCGGCCCAACGUCGACUGAUUCGACAAUAUCAACUGACCCGAUGUCGACAAAUCCAACGACAUCAAUUAAUCCAACGAUAUCGACCAAUCCAACAUCGAGCGAUCCAACGAUGUCGACUGAUCAAACGUCGACUAAUCCGACGACAUCGACUGAUCCGCCAACAUCGACCGACUCGACAUCGACUGAUCCAACGUCGACAAAUCCAACAUCAACUGAUUCAACGAUAUCGACCAAUCCAACAAUGUCGACUGAAUCGACGAUGUCGACUGAUCAAACGUCAACUAAUCCAACGACAUCGACUGAUCCGAUGACAUCGACCGAUUCAACGUCGACUGAUCCAACGACAUCGACCGAUGCAACAUCGACAAAUCCAACGACAUCAACUGAUCCAACGAUAUCGACCAAUCCAACGAGCAAUCCAAUGAUGUCGGUCGACAUAAUGUCAAACAAUCCAACAACACUGACCGCAUCGAUAUCGAAUCUCAAUCCGAGACUAUCUGAUUUGACGUCAAAUGAUUUCAUAGCACGGACCGACACAAUAAUGCCUGUUCAAGCAGCAUCGUUUCUGCAAAAAAACCCGAAUGCUGUGGUACACCCUAGACUACGAAGAAGCAUUUUUCCGAAUAUUCAAGAAAAUGCAGAAGAAGAAUGGAAUUGUGCAAUAAUCAAAUAUAAAUACAGUAACAAGACUGAAGCUAUCGAGCGUAAGUGUGUUCUUUCCAGCUUUACGUGUCCUGAAAAUUCUAUUGAUAAAUGUGAAAUACAAAAGAAAUGUGCUUCAGACGAAUGUAAUAGUGCUAAUAUAGUAUCAAUUAAUAUGGUAACUUUGACAUGGCUUAUACUCACAUGGUCUACUGUAUUUAUUUUUACUGAUUCUUAAUUUUUUGAAAUUUGAAAUAUUGUGAUGUCAUUUUAUCAUAUAAUGCAUCUUUUAUAAGAAUCUUUUAACAAGAAUUCACAUUAUAUUAAAUUUUUGUAAAUAAAAUAGACGAGGUUUUUUAUUAAAAAAGAAAUAAAAGAAAAAUCGAUAAUGUCAAAACGAAUAGAGUAGUUAUCGCAGUUUACGAAACUUAUAUCCAUCAAUGAAAAAUUAAACAAGAUAUAUUUUUGCAAUAAAAUAUAGAGAU